UUUGUGCGAAAGCGAAAUAUACUAAAUAUUAUUGUAUGAAUAUUAAUAUUUACAGUAUUAAUGGUUCAGCUUUCAAUGUGUAUUAAAUUUUUCAGGCUAUACUUCUACUACAUACUUAACGAUUAGUAUGGUUAUUAGAAAAUGUACGAAGAUGAUAUUGAUAAUUACAUACCAUCACUUUUAAAUCCUCGCUCUGUAAAAAAAUUAAGCAGUGAUCUACCUCUGACUCAGAAUUCAAUAAAAAGUCGAUGCUCAUUAUCUUUGAAGAAAAAUAGUGUUGCAAGCAAGACCAAGAAAAAUUUAAAUAAGGUAUUCUUACAAGAUAAAGAAAAUUUAUGUAAAAAUGCAACAUAUGACCAAAUUGGUAAGAAAAAAGAAUACCCAAUAAAGAGAUUGGAAGAUGAAGAAACACUCCAACUUUCUGCUAUUGAAGAUUUGCCUUUUCUUAACGAUCACCAGUCCUCGUCUAGUGACAUUGUUGUACCUCUAGUCUGCAAUGGAACCAAAACUGAUGAUAAUAAUAAUUCAUUGAAAUCUGUGUCCUCUGGAACAGAAUUGAGUUAUGGAGAUAAUAAAAGUGAUGAUACACUCAUCUAUAAUAUAGACAUAAAACCAUCUUACACUGUGUGUUUUUCUGUAAAUAACACUAACAAUGUAGAACUAAGUACAAAGAAUAGUAAUAUUAAGCAUGUAUCAGUGACAAAUGCCAAAAAUAACAUGAGUUUUGAAUGUGAAAUUAUUGAGGUCUCAGAUGAAUCAAUGGAAAUAGAGACGGUACAAGAAGUAUUGCCACAUAAAAAAAGUCUGUCAAAGCGAACAUCUGUUGCUGUCAAUGUAGAAAUUAAAAAGCAAAAAUUGUCACAGCAAACUGCAGGAGAAGAAAAUAAAGUUCUUAUUUUGAACACAAAUGAUGCUAAAAAGCUGUCAGAUGUCAAUGUGCAGCCAACAAAUUAUAAAUUGUUGAAGCAAAAAAUUAAAGACCAAAAUAAAUAUAUUGCUGCCACCAGGAAGUCUGCAUCCCAAGCCAGAAUCAGGAAUGGGAAGGCAGUGCAUGAUAAAUUAAAGCAGAAGUCUAUAGAUUGUUAUUUUUCUAAUGUGCUAAAGGUCAAGAAGUUAGUUGAUGUGAAUGGUUCAGUAGAUUUGAUUAAGGAUGGUGGUGGUUUAACAGAUAAGAUCUUAGCUCAGGAUGAUUCACAUGACAUGAGUAAAAACUUGUGUAUAACUUCUAUUAAACAUGAUGCUACUGCUCAAUCUACGAAAGCCAGUAGAAAGAACAAUGAAAUUGUCAAAUCAGCAAGGAAGUUGUCGCACCGAUCGAUGUCUCCCAGGAUUGACAUUAAGGAAUCGGAGGCGACACAGUUUUCAAAAGUGAAAAAUGAGAGUAUCGGCUCUUACUCACCGAGGAAGAUUGUUGAGUCUAUACAGUUUCAUUUGCCAGUCAAAUCUAAAUCGAAUAAAACAUCAACUGUGACCAGAAUAAUACCAAAUUAUAAAAUAGUUGCAGGGACACAUUUUGCGGUGGAUGCAUUUGCCUAUGGAGAUAUUCCAAAUGUUAAACAUUAUUUCCUCACACAUUUCCAUUCAGAUCAUUAUUCAGGAUUGAAGAAGAAUUUUAACAAAUUGCUGUUUUGUUCAAAAAUUACAGCCGACUUGUGCGUAUCACGAUUGGGAGUGAAUAUAAAGCACAUUCAUAUUAUGAAUGUUGAUGAGUCCAUUAAAAUUGAUGGGGUCGAAGUUAUGGCUGUUGAUGCAAAUCAUUGUCCAGGGGCAGUAAUGUUGGUGUUCACUCUACCCAGUGGCAAGACCUUGCUUCAUACAGGGGACUUCAGGGCGUCUCCCAUUAUGGAGUCCUAUCCUGUGUUUUGGAAUAGGGAUAUUCACACCAUAUACUUGGAUACUACCUACUGUAACCCGCGGUACGAUUUUCCCACUCAAGACCAAAGCUUGGAAAUGGCGCUAUACCACCUGCGACAAAAGAAGACCAUAUUGGAGAAAACUGGCAAGAAGUUCUCGUCGGUACUCAUCGUUUGCGGCACUUACACUAUUGGCAAGGAGAAGUUCUUCCUCGGCAUGGCGCGGCGCGUGGGCUGCACGGUGUGGGCGUGCCCCGAGAAGGACCGCGUGCUGCAGGCGGUGGAGGGCCGCAGCUUCAGCCACGCGCCGCCGCACUCGUGCCAGCUGCACGUCGUGCCCAUGCGCGACCUCACGCACGAGAAGUUAAAAAGCUACCUAGACAGUCUUCAAGGUGCGUUCAGUGAGGUGGUGGCGUUCAAGCCCAGCGGGUGGGAGAAUGGGAAAAAUUCUUGUGUCGAAAAGGAUUCCGUUACCAUAUAUGGCAUUCCGUACAGUGAACAUUCCAGUUUCUCAGAGAUGAUACGAUUUGUGAAGUUUUUGAAACCGAAGCAAGUGGUGCCCACCGUCGACAUAUCCGGGGGGAUCAAGUCUGUACAGAAAUACUUCCCUUGCCCGCUGGUGUGCAAAGAAGAUAUCCAGAGCCAAAGCAAGGUGACAGACUACUUUAGUUUGCAGAAAGCGCAUCAAGUGGCCGCCGUUACAUGAAAUAGUUUAAUGAGAUUCAAAAUUACGACCUAUGCUGCCAUUACUUCGACUGUGAUGUAUUUUUGAUGUUUUUAUUUUAGUAUUAUAAAUAUAAUUUAUGAAAAUGUUAUUUUCUUUGCGAUGAUUUAAUUAAAAUUUUGAUACCUA